AUGGAGAAGAGAGGAGGAGACGGCACGUUGAUCAAAACCAAGUCUGGAAAAGUGUUCCCAACUGAUUGUUCUGAUUGGCAACUCCUCUACGAGUCCAUCCCGUCAGAACUCAAAAAACUGCACUCCGCCGGUCACAAAAUCGUGAUUUUCACGAAUCAAAAGGGUAUUCAAGUCGGAAAAGUUGAUCGAGCGGAGUUCCGCAAGAAAAUCGAGGCAAUCGUUGGGAAGAUGGGCGUCCCAAUUCAGGCGUUCGUCUCGGUCGCCGGUGGGAAGUAUAGGAAACCGUGUAUUGGAAUGUGGGAGGAGUUGAGGGAGAGGAAUGAGGGGGUGGAGAUCAAAUUGGAUGAGAGUGUGUUUGUUGGGGAUGCGGCUGGAAGGCAUAAGACUAAGUCCCGCCUGAAGAAGGACCACUCGUACGCCGACCGUUUCUUCGCAGCGAACGUCGGUAUCCCAUUCAAGACACCCGAAGAGUUCUUCGGAAAAUCCAAAGAACAAGAACCGUGGGGACCGCCCGUUUUCGAUCCGAAACUCCUUUUUGCCGACGGAAUCACUCAGUUGGAACCGGCAGACGCCCCACUGAAAUCCGACAAACCAGAGAUCAUUGUGAUGGUCGGAUUUCCAGGAUCCGGAAAAUCGACGUUUGCGAGAAUGUUGGCUGAACAGAACGGGUAUAAGAUUGUGAACCGAGACACCCUCGGAACAUGGCAGAAAUGCGUCGCCGCCGUCCGUUCCCAUCUGAAAAACGGCGAUUCGGUGAUCAUCGACAACACGUCGCCCGACGUCGAAUCACGUAGUCGCUACGUGGGCGUGGCCUCGGAGACGUCGACGGCAUGCCGGUGUUUCGUGAUGAAGUGCGGCAUGGAACACGCUCAACACAAUCUACGCUACCGUACUCUUACUAACGAUGGCGCCGGGGAAAUCUCGUCAAUGGUGUUGAGAAUUCAUAAGGGAAAGUAUGUGGAGCCGACGAAGGAGGAGGGAUUCCAACAGAUUGUACACGUCAAUUUUCAGCCGAAAUUCGAGGAGAAACACCUCGAGAAUUUGUAUAAGAUGUACUUGAUUGAGUGA